GAAUCCUUUGUAUCAGCGAAAUUUGUAAACAAUAAUUGUUUUGACAGGAUUUGUGAUGAUUUUACGCUGAAUUCUUCAGCGAAGGGGAAUAUUUUGAGUAUUUCGAGCUAUUUCACUAGCUUCUCGCAAGUUUUUAGUUAGAUCAAUGAAAAUAGUCAAAAUUUUGAAUCGAUUUUCAUUUCGAUGUAAGGUAUUUCAGUACAAACCUUUGUUUCAUAACUCAACACAUGCAGCAAGUUCAACUUAUCAUGACAGGACAAAAGAUAGCACACCAUUCAUGAAUCCAGACAGACAACAAAACCAGUGUAACCUAGACGUGAGAAGGACAGAUUUUCCAUUACAAGUUUCACUGUCUGCUACAAAAAAUAACAACAACGGUCGUGUUUAUUCGGGAGAUAAGCCAAGCGUCACGACAAUUCUGGACCAAACACGGCCAAAGAAUGAAUUCUAUGCUUUGCUAAGUUGGAGAAGGGGUUUAAUAAAAAAGUUGGGAGUGGAAGGUUACAAUGAUAAAGUCAUGAAUAUCACAAACAGAGGAACGACUUUUCAUCAGGCUGUAAAACAUUAUCUCCUAACACGCAGCCAGCCUUCAGUACGAGAGUGUAACCUUGGUCAUUGGAAGAGUGUUCAGAAUGUAUUAAAAGACAUUGAACUUGUCAUAGCCCUGGAAAGUGGGGUCGUUCACCCGCAAUUACGGUAUGCAGGGACUCUGGAUGGUAUUGUGGUGUACCAGGGCAAACUCUGUGUUAUUGAAUGGAAGACGUCUGAACGCAAACGCACAGAGCCCAAAGACUGCUUCUCAUAUCCGCAUCAGACUGUCGCAUACGCUGGAGCAGUGAACUAUGACCAGAAAUACCAUCCAUUGCAGAUAGACCAUGGGCUUAUAGUUUUGGCUUACCUGGAUGGCAGUCCUGCUGAUGUGAUAUGGCUUCCACCGGAGACAUGUGAAUACUACUGGAACGAAUGGCUUCGAAGAAUUCAGGAGUAUAAUCACACAAACACGUCAAAUAUGCAUCAAGGGAGACCAAUCAGGGAACUGGCACAAUAUGUUAACGGUAUUUCACACCACCAGCCAGUGCUGGAUGGAAAUAGCAACAUUGUAGAAAAUACUAACAUUGCAGAAUGGUCUGAAACGAUUGUUGAUGUUUUUGAAACAGAUCCGUCAAUUUGUGAGUUUGAUGAAACUGAAUAUUCUUGA